GAAAAUACCUGAGGGUUGUUUGAUGUUUUUGUCAAUGUGGAACCAUUGGUCUCGUUGUCCCUCCUACGGCAAUAAUUGUUGUGACACCUGUCUCUCGUGCUGGACACGCCUUUCUACUUCCCUUUUGUCCAACGGGAGAGAGGCUCCACGAUUGGCUGAACAAUAUCGGCAAGGUUGGUAUUUGCUGUAUCGUCCGACUCCUUAAACACAAGUACUUGCAGCUGAGCAGCAACACCUGAUGCCCGUCCUCUUCAUUCAAGUCUACACGCGACGCAGAGGAAGACAACACACAAGUUACACGCUCCUCCAAUCAUGGACAAGGACUCACUGAUGCUGGAGGGAUUCCGAGAAAGUGUUGCUUGUCUACGCCGGCGGGGUCUCUCCUGUCUCGGUGGUUUGAACGGGAUGCAGUCUAGCGCCAUCCGCCGCGCUCUCUCAAGACUGGUUGUGCAGCGCAGUGACAGAGUCAUCAUCCAAGCUCCACCUCUACGUUUCCCUCUCUCUCUCUCUCCAUUUCUUUCUUCCUCUCUUUGGCGUGGAGCUCCGCUGCCUCUUCAACUCCAGAUGCCUCCGCCUCCCAGCCAGGACCUGCAGAUCCGGAACUGAAGGUGAGGUUGGCAGGUUCUGCGAUGACGCCGCGCUAAACGGGUCAAAUCAGACGUCCCUGUCAAUCACCUGCGUCCCCGCAAGCUAACGCAAACACGCCACUUUGAAGGCAGGCCCGGAAGGAACUCCUUGCGACAACACAUCCGGUAGUUUGAGCACCUGCAACUUGACGCACUUCCUGGGAUUGUGACCAGCGCUCUCGUUAAGACAGCCCGCUGCCAGCGCCCCAGCAAGAAAGAUGAACGAAAGUCGAAGGGAAGCGCUCGCAGCGGCGCCGCCCGCACCUACCGCCUCCUCCCCGUCCUCGGGCGGCGGCGGUGCCAACACAACCAACAUAGCCGGCGGCCCAGGCACAGGCCAGAAGGACGAGAACUUUUCCAAGCUGAAGGACAAGUUCAUGAACGAGCUCAACAAGAUCCCACUGCCGUCAUGGGCCAUUGUCUCCAUUGCCUUCGUGGCCAUCAUCCUGAUGCUGGCGUGCUGCUUCUGCGUCUGCAAGAAGUGGAUAUUCAAGAAGAAGAACAAAAAGAAGGGCAAAGACAAAGGCAAAAACGCCAUCAACAUGAAGGACGUCAAAGACGAAGCCAAAACCGAGGCCUUGAAGGAUGAGGAGGACGCUGAGACAGGCCUGACUGAAACGGAGAAAGAGGAGGAGCCCAAGGAGGACCAGAAACUGGGCAAAUUACAGUACUCGCUGGAUUACAAUUUCACAGAGAACACGCUCAUCGUGGGCAUCAUCCAAGCGGCAGAGCUUCCUGCCAUGGACAUGGGCGGCACGUCUGACCCUUACGUCAAAGUCUACCUGCUGCCGGACAAGAAGAAGAAGUUUGAGACCAAAGUCCACAGGAAGACCCUCAACCCCGUCUUCAACGAGCAGUUCACCUUUAAGGUUCCGUAUGUGGAGCUGGGCGGGAAGACCCUGGUGAUGACCGUGUACGACUUCGACCGCUUCUCCAAACACGACGCCAUCGGCGACAUCAAGGUGCCCAUGAACAAGGUGGACUUCAGCCACAUAACGGAGGAGUGGCGGGACCUGCAGAGCGCCGAGAAGGAGGAGCAAGAGAAGCUGGGCGACAUCUGCUUCUCACUUCGCUACGUUCCCACCGCCGGGAAGCUAACCGUAGUCGUCCUCGAAGCCAAAAACCUGAAGAAGAUGGACGUGGGCGGCCUGUCAGAUCCGUACGUGAAGAUCCACCUGAUGCAGAACGGCAAGAGGCUGAAGAAGAAGAAGACCACCAUAAAGAAGAACACACUUAACCCGUACUACAACGAGUCCUUCAGCUUCGAGGUCCCCUUCGAACAAAUCCAGAAAGUGCAAGUGGUGAUCACGGUUCUGGACUACGACAAAAUCGGCAAGAACGACGCCAUCGGCAAAGUCUUCGUGGGCCUCAACAGCUCGGGCACGGAGCUGCGCCACUGGUCCGACAUGCUGGCCAACCCGCGGAGACCCAUCGCCCAGUGGCACGUGCUGAAGCCCGAGGAGGAAGUAGACGCCCAGCUGUCCAAUAAGAAAUAGGCAGGCUACGCCCCCCUCCACGCUCCUGCCUUGUAGUACUUUAGCCAGUCUGUGUAAAUACCUCAGUGAUCAUAACGUGUUGGCCCCGCCCUCCUCUCUCCUCCAUCUUUUCGUUCCAUCAGGGUCUCUUUUGGCGUUUUCCUCUGUUAGCCCCGCCCCCUCCCGUCCUCCCCGGUCCUUUUUCCAAGCAAUAUGAGGUGUAUAGAUAGCGCAUGAGUGACAGAACAUGUACAUAUACGUAUGCACACACCAUGAUUUCUAGUUGACGUGUUUCUAUGUCGUUUCCUAAUCUGUGCAUAUCUGGCUGUUUUUAAUCCCAUUUCAAAGCAUAUAAAGGACCGCCAACGUUACGUGAAGCCAGGAUUUCAAAUAUAACCG